AUGCCAGGCUGGGAAGAUAGCUUAUGGGGUUAUUAUGGUGAUGAUAGACAAAUGUUUUUUAACACUCUUAGCAAACUAUAUGGACCAAAAUUUAUGACCAGCGAUACUAUCGGUUGUUACUUAAACAUUAGAAAUAAUACAAUAUAUUAUACAAGAAAUAGAGUGAAUCUAGAUUUAAAAAAUGAGAAUGCUAUAUAUCCUUGUGUUAGAAUUAUAUCACCAGGUGGAUCCGUAAGAGUAAACCUUGGUUAUAGAAAGUACAAUUAUACAGGUAUAUUCACAUUCAUUUAG